UCCCUUUUUAUUUACUUUGCUACUUCCUCAUCUGUUAUUUGCUCAUAGCGUUUACAAUAGGCCUAAUGUCUGAGUGGUAUAAAAAGAAAGUUAAAGGGGUUCUCUUGGACAUAACAGGGGUUCUUAAAGAUAGCGGGCCAGGUGGCGGAUUCGCCAUUGAUGGAUCCAUUGAAGCUGUUAAAAGGUUGAAAGCGUCAGGAUUGAUGGUUCGUUUUUGUACCAAUGAGACGACAAUUACAAGAAAAACCCUGGUCAAAGAUUUGACUAAUUUUGGUUUUGAUGUAUCCGAAAGUGAAAUGUUUUCCCCCAUCCCAGCUAUGUGUUCGAUACUGACAAGUUGUGGACUCCGUCCACACCUGUUAGUAUCCCCAGCUUGUUUGCCAGACUUUUCUGCAGUUGAGACCUCCAAUCCUAACUGUGUUGUACUCGGGGAUUCAGAAUCAGUCUUCUCAUAUGAAAACCUGAACAAGGCAUUCCAAGUCCUCAUGAGCCUAGACAAACCUGUCCUCUUCUCUCUUGGGAAAGGGAAAUACUACAGAAGUGGUGGAGAGCUGGUGUUGGAUGUUGGACCGUACAUGAAAGCCUUGGAAUAUGCAUGUGAUGUCACUGCAGAGGUUGUUGGCAAACCAGAGAAGUCUUUCUUCCAGUCAGCCGUACAAGACAUGGGAAUUAAACCAGAGGAGUGUGUCAUGAUUGGAGACGACAUCAUGGGGGACGUUGGAGGUGCUCAGGGGGCUGGACUACGCGGAGUGCAGGUCCGCACAGGAAAAUACAGGCCCCAAGAUGAACAACACCCCACCAUCCAGGCAGACGGUCGCACGAACAACUUGGCAGAGGCGGUAGAUCUUAUUCUUGCUCACAUCCAGUUAGGGCAAUGACACCUGCGUUUCCUGAUUUGAUACCAUUCCAGUACACAAUCUCAGUCUAAACUUGUGACUUUAUUACAAAGAUAUUUCAAUUUAAAAAUGCUUCAUAACAAAUGUGUGUACUGUAUAAAAAUGCUUAUUAAAGUACUAAUUGCAAUCACAAGUAACAUUAUAUUAUAGUUAUGAAAGCAAAAUAAAUGAGCCUGGCUCUAGAAAAACAGGGCAUUAUGCAUGUGCUUAGUGUGUGUUCCAGUCUGCACAGGCUAAUCAUGCACAGGCUAAUCAUGAAUGCCAUUUUCUGUUUUUAUGGAAUUGUUUGUCUACUGGAAGUCUCUUAAAAAAAACAUGUUGUCAAGGCUGAAAAUGUCGAAAAAGUCGAAUCUGGGAUGACACUUUAGACAAAUAAAUUAGGCCCUGUAUUCCUAGAUCACAGCUCAAAUAUUAAAGACACAGGAACCUCCCAGAACUGGCACGGCUACAUCUUUACUUUUAUUAUCAUGGUUCACACAAAUACUGAAAUUGCUGCCUAGAAAAGUACUUUAAAAGUUGUUUGCGUUUGAAUAGCAAAGUUAUUUGUGUUUAAAUAUGAAAAUUAUUUGUGUUUGAAUAUGAAAGUUAUUUGCGUUUGAAUAGGAAAGUGAUUUGUGUUUGAAAAGGAAAGUUAAUUGUGUUUGCUGGAAAAUAGUGUUAUUUCUUAAAUAAUUGCUCGAAAUGCAUGUGUUAAUUUAUAUUGCAUGUGCUUCUAAACAUUUUGCAAUAUGCAACAAAAAUGUUAUUGAAAUGUUGCUUGUUAAUCUGUUAGACCUUUGAUUCAGAACGCCUGUUGUGCUAUAUUUACCGGUCAUUUAUUACAUCUGUUUACUAUCCUCAAAUUACAUUAUGUUUAUGUUACCAAGCAAUUUUAUCAAUGGAUUAAAUAUAUACAUUACACAUUUGUUUAGGUCCAUUAGAAAUGUUUUCUACAGUUUUAUUGUUUUCAAGUAUAAGACGGGUGUGGCAGUGUAACUUGAUAAAUGUCUAUUGAAAAGCUUUUUUGCUCAGCAGUAUAAAUUAGAACAACAUAAGGCAGCGUUAUUGAUGUUCCGAAUUGUUUAAAUUGCCUUUUAAAAUUUCAUUUACAAAAUAAUGGAAUCAUGUUUUGAGAUUCGUGGAUAUAUGUCUCUCUUAAUCUGAUAAUUACAUAUUCUUGAUAAUUAAAAGACUGGUUUCAAAUUUUUAUAAACCGUGUACUGACACCGAGCUCAUAUUUUGGAACAUUGCUAAACAUAUUUUGUUGGAAGUUUCUCAAACGCAUACAUUUUUGGUUACUAAUGGAGAUAUGAAGCAAUGCGAGACUCACUCGAAUUUGAUAUACCUCACUCAUUGCAGUACAUGUAUAUAUCAGUUUUGUUGUGUAAUUGGGUUGUUUGCUCAAGUUAUUUGUGCCAUAUGUUAUUAAAUAAAUAUACUUUCAAUGUUAA